AUGGCGCCACUCCAGAACAUUGCGGUGGCACUAACCCUUCUCAUCGUCAUGGUGGAAAUCGCAUCAUUACCGACGUCAAGCUCCGUCAUCGUCAAGUCCGAGGAGGCCGCCUUGGAUGAGCUAACCCCCAUCAUCAAGACGGCCCUAGACGGGGUCAUCGCCGCCGCCCCACCAUCCAAAAGGACCAAAGUAGCGGAGGCUGUUGCAAAGCAGGAACUCCUUGCUAUGUACACGAUGAACAAGGCCAAGGGAGACAAGGAGAAAUUUGGUGCACAUCUAUUGGCCUACAAGAUAGCCGCUAAGAUAGUUACUGCCGCAGCACCCGCUGAGAAGUUCAAGAUGAUGGAGGAUGGCUUCACGGAGGCUAGCCGGCCAAUUCUGUAA